AUGGCGCAGUUACACGCCGAUGUCAUUGCCCGUAUACGGAAGUCCAUGGCGGAGACGCGCGAUUUGCAGUCUGCUACCAUGGAUGUUGACGCGUCUGGCACUGAAGCGCGUCUCGACCAGACCGUGCGGGAGCUGCAAGCACGCGUCAACGAGCAGCACGCCGCUCUGGAGCAGCUACGCCGCUCUUCGCAAGUCACUAUCCAGCAGGCAGCCUACGCGUCUGACGAGCCACGUGAGAAACUGAAGCAGCUGCGCGCAGUGAAGGAAGCGUAUGCAAAUUUAACACCGACUGCGCCGUACCUUCCAUCACCAGACUCAGUGCUGCCCGCCUUGAUUGCAGCACGCACGCUGCAGCAGAACGUGCAGGGCACCAAACAAGCCAUUGCCAGCACUGAGGCACAGAUCACAUCUGCUGAAGCUCUGCUCAGAAACGAAGAGGCCAAUCUUCAUGACGCGAACCUGAUCCGGCAAGCUCUCGGUGGCCGGACAGUGAGACUGGAAGCUCAAAUCGAAGACCGGUCACAGAAAGCACCUGCACAGCUUGCGAAAGAACUCAUGGCUGCGAAACGUGCCCAAAAGAAAGCGUACGAUGACGAGACGCAGCGCUUGGGAGAUGCCCUCAAUGAUUUCAUCGACAACUAUCUCUCCGCUAUGCUUGCUGCAGAAGAGCUUGGCGGUCCUGUCGUUGGAGAUAUGCUGAACGUCGAAAACGAAACCCUCGCAGCCGGCUUCACAAAGAAAGGCAAGGCAAAAGCUACGAAGAAGCCAGUGUCUGAGAAGACGCGGCAGCGUAGGAUCGACCAGAUUUGGGGCAACAAAACGGCUAUUGACGAGGAAGAGGAUCCGACGACUGAAGCCGAAGCUGCCGACGCCGAGAUGCGUGAGCUCAUUGGAAUACUAUUCGGGACUUUAAUUGGGCCGCGCGGCGGCAGAGCCUAUCACCAGCUGGAGAGGGACUCUGCUGCCUCGCGCUUCCUCGUGAGGGCCAAGAUCGCCCAGUUCCAUCCGAGAGAUGCGCAGAAGCUGCGACUUAUCGACUUUGGAAGGGAGCUUGAUGAUUAA